AAGAGGAUCAUCUUGCUGAUUGCAGUAAAUAGUUACUAGGGUUUCCACAAUGUGCUCUGUAUUAGUUGGUUUUGGUUGAUUGAUAUGAUGAAAGGUUAAUUGACAAUCUCUGAAUCAGACCUGUGUAGAGAAUUGCUGACUAGUAGUACUUGUAAUGCCUUACUCAUAUAUGUCCAUAUUGGUCCCUAGUUAUUAAAGGCACACACUCUUCACAGAGGCAAACCCUAUCAAACCUAGCCUAAACAGAUUAAACCAAUCACAAUCCAAUUGGCUAGGUAGAAGGAUAACAUUACAAUUGCUAGUUUAGAAAUAAUAUUUUGGAUUCACACCUGUCUAGCCAAACUUGUGCCAAAAGACAUGCACACAACCAAAGUCUAGCAAAAGAGCUGGAUCGCACAAAACAAAAAUCCCUGAGGCAUUAACAUGUGGACGCUCACGAUCAAUUGAUCAAGGAGGUAGGUGGAUCAGUCAUGGUUUAAGGAACACCCUGUCCAAUGUUCGUGCUUACAGUCAUGUGUGCAAUGCAAAUGCUCUUCCAGCAGCCUCAACAACAGACCACCGGAUCAGGAUGAACUGAAAUUAGCCAGCAACCUUAUCCAAACACCUUUUCCCAUAGGAGAACAUCUCAAACAUGCACCAGCCUAUGGGAACAUUUCGCAAAAGAAUAUGACUGCUGGACACAUAGGCUCAUCCGGUGUAUGCCUUGCCCUGAAGUCAUUGCCCAACAAAUUAGGAGGCAUGUUCUGCUUUGAUAGUCCACCAAACAAGUAUAAGAAGUUAGACGCUAAGCUCGAAAAGAAAAUGAUGGAAGUUAAGAGAAGUGCAUUGCGAAUUAACAAUUUCAGAUCGAUCAAUGGCAUAAUCAUGAAGUUCCCGCAGAUCAAAGAGGUACUGAAAGACAUCAGGGGUGUAUUCGAACACUACGAUGAAGAUUCUAAUGGAACUAUUGACAAUGAUGAACUCAAAAAAUGCGUACAAAAAUUGCAACUUCAUCUUGCAGAGAAGGAGAUUGAUGAUCUUUUUGAUUCCUGUGACUUAGAUGGGAGUGCAGGGAUACAAUUCAAAGAGUUUAUGGUUCUUUUGUGUCUCAUUUAUCUCCUAACGGAUUAUUCAAACUCUCCUCACACUCUAACAUCAAAGAUGGGAUCUCCACAGCUUGAAGCCACAUUUGAUAUCAUAGUUGAAGCAUUCUUGUUUCUUGACAAAAAUGGUGAUGGAAAGCUGAACAAAAAAGACAUUGUCAAAUCACUGAAUGAGGAUUUUCCUUGGGAGAAAUCCCCUGCACAUGUUACGAGGGCUCGAUUUAAAGAAAUGGACUGGGACGGGAAAGGGAAUGUCAGCUUCAGGGAGUUUCUAUUUUCCUUCAUCAAUUGGGUAGGGGUCGACACCGAUGAGAAUCAUGUGACUGGAAGUAAAACGUGAAUCGAGGACAGCAUUGAAAUGGAGCAAGGAACAAUUGAAGUGAGGGCAGAUUUAUACACAUGUAUAUACCUAAAAUGUCUAAAGUAACAAACAUUACUCUAAAUAGCUGCUUUUGUGUAAAAUUCUGUAAAUAAAUCUUCUGACUUUUUGUGAAUCACAGUUUUAAUUUACUAGAUCUAAUUUCUUCUA